AUGGGGAAAAUAUUUCACCCAGGUCCAUCCUCCGGAAGUGACGAUCCUGUUUCAUGGACUGAUCCCUACACCCAUGCUACUGAUGCGUACAUAACUAACAAUCUUCUUAUUGAAGCGGUCUCCGAGGAGAGAGCUAAGGCCCAGCCACUACAAGAUCAGAUUUUGGCAGAGUCUGCCAUUCAGGCACUAAAUGAGGUGGCCCCAGAAGCUAGGUCAGGUGAGCAUCCUUUCUUUCUGGCUGUGGGUUUCCGUAAACCCCAUAUUACCUGGAACUUCCCCGCACGCUUUAAGGACUACUAUCCUCUGGAAAGUUUGAAGCUACCACCAAAUUACUAUGCUCCAGUAGGAAUGCCUGCUAUUGCAUGGCAUAAUUUCAGUAACCUGGCACUCUACAAAGAUAUGCAAACCUAUCACUUGACAAAUGUUGGGAACAUUAACUUUACAUUUCCAACAACACUUACUCUGGAAAUGCGACAAGCUUAUUACAGCUGUGUGAGCUAUGUAGAUUACGAACUUGGUAGGGUCAUUGACGAACUGGAUAACCUGGGCUUGACCAAUAAUACAAUAAUAGCCUUCUGGGGGGAUCAUGGAUGGCAAUUGGGAGAACAUGCUGAAUGGUUGAAGCAGACUAACUUUGAGGAUGCAACACAUGCCCCGAUGAUGAUUCGUGUUCCGGGGGUUACCGAUCAUGGUAUUGUCACUGAGAAACUAACAGAAUUUGUUGAUCUCUACCCAACCCUCGUGGAGGCUGCAGGACUUCCCAAACUUGAGCAGUGUCCACCAGACUCCCAGAAUGUCAGUCUGUGCACAGAGGGUACAAGUAUGGUGCCACUUAUGACGAAUCCGACACUGGAAGCAUGGAAAACUGCAGCAUUCUCCCAAUACCCCAGAGGAGGCAACGGACUUGAUGGGGACAUUGUCAUGGGUUACAGCAUGAGGACAGAUAUGUAUCGAUACACAGAGUGGAUCAACUUCAAAGGCAGGCCUAUUUAUAAACCCAUGUGGGACCAACUACAGGGAGUUGAACUCUAUGAUCAUACGAAAGAUCCAGAGGAGAACUGGAACCGAGCCGAUGAUCCAUCUUACAAAGACGUCAGGGUCGAGUUGUCCAGGAACCUGCAGUUGGGCUGGAGAGGGGCUUUACCUAGCAGACACGUCGGCGGUCGUCAACACCACCUGUAA